AUGCCCGAACCCAAGAUCAACGCCAAGUCGCUCUCCUACUCGUCCGAUCUCCCACCCUUUCUCCGUGCCCUCCACGCCCAAUCCCGGGGAGACGCAUCUGCCGGGCCAGACCCCAUCCUCGCUGGCAGGCGGCGCGCCAUCAAGAAACGGUCCGCCAGCGAGGAGGCAGAGGACCAGCCCCUGGUCGUGGACGAGAACGGCAACGUCGUGACCAUCGAUGACGACCGUAAUGACCAUGACGGGCCGAACAGCGACUCACAAGCACCUGACGAUGCGUCGACAGCGGCUGGCAAAGAUGCCGAGACAGCGGCAGAGCGGGAGAAGGAAAAGGUAGCCGGCAUCGGCGCCGGGAGGAAACGCAAAGUGGGCAAGAUCGUGGGCGCAGAUGACGAAAAAAAAGACAAUGGCGUGCCCACGAGAAAAGACGAGCUGGACAUAGAAGACCCCGCGCGGAGCAAGGCCUCAGCCAAAGACAAGCCGAAGAAAAAGGCGAAGAAGAUCAAGUUAAGCUUCGAUCCGGAGUAA